UCACGUGGUUCUGUGACGACCGAAGCUACGGAUGUCAGCGGUCACGUGAUUACGACAGCGCUGUAGUGUGUGUGUGUGUGUGUGUGUGUGUGUGUGUGUGUGUUUUGUGUGUUUUUUAAAACACGCCCAGAUCUCCAGUAUAAAGAGUUUCACUGCGCGGAGUGUGAGAUGUAUUAUUACAGAUAUGAGAACGCGGAGGUCAGCUGCUGUUACAAAUAUCUAAUGUUCAGCUACAACAUCAUCUUCUGGCUGGCCGGAGCAGCGUUUAUUGCGAUUGGAUUCUGGGCCUGGAGUGAAAAGGGUGUGCUGUUGGACUUGACCCAGGUGACCCGUCUCCAUGGGUUCGACCCGGUCUGGUUGGUUCUGCUGGUUGGCACGGUAACGUUCAUUCUGGGAUUCGCUGGCUGUGUGGGAGCGCUGAGAGAGAACAUCUGUCUGCUCCGCUUUUUUUCGGGUGUGAUAGGCUUUAUCUUCUUCCUGGAGCUGACAGCGGCCGUGUUAGCGCUGGUGUUUCAGGAUCCUCUGAGAAAGUGGAUCAGUGACUUCUUCAUAGUGAAUGUGAAAGGGUACAGAGACGACAUUGACCUUCAGAACCUCAUCGAUUCACUGCAGAGAGUGAACCACUGCUGUGGAGCAAACAGUCCGAAUGACUGGAACCAGAACGUUUAUUUUAACUGUUCACAGACCAACCCGAGCAGAGAGCGUUGUGGGGUUCCGUUCUCCUGCUGCAUCAGCGACCCGGCGGACACAGUAGUGAACACGCAGUGUGGUUAUGACAUCAGGGCAUCUGAAUCUGCGAAGUGGCAGCAUGUGAUCUAUGUGAAAGGCUGCGUUGCUGCUCUGGAAGAGUGGCUGCCGCGAAACAUCUACAUCGUAGCAGGAGUGUUUAUAGUCAUCUCAUUGUUGCAGAUGGUGGGAAUUUUCCUGGCUCGGAAUCUGAUCAGUGACAUUGAGAAAGUGAAAUUUAAUUAUUAACCAGGGGGAACCAUGAAAAGACAAGAGACCACAAACCUUCCAACUUUGUUUCAUUUACUUCUCUGUUCCUUUCACUCUGUAAUUGCGUGUGUGCACGUGUGUGUGUGUGCGCAUGUGUGUAUCCAUGUUACCUUGUGUUAAGGGUUAAAGGUUUAGUUUGUUACUGGUCAGUAUAUAGUUUAUCAGUAAGCCUUUAGCAUUAAGGUGAAGUGUGUGUGAUUAUUUUGUGUUGGUGUAUGUUGGAUGUGAAUUUGUCUCUGCAGUGCCUUUGAAGUUGAGUGUGUGACACACUCACGAUGUAACGACUGUAACUGUAAUUUCACUCUCUCAGGUCUUAAAUCUGCAUUUUUUUAAAAUUCCAGUUUGAUAUUUUUGCGAUGCUGCAGAUAAAUGUGAAUAUUCUUUAUGUUGAAUCUGAUUGGUCGAUCAGUGCAAAUAUUUCUAACAGGGAUCCUACAGACAAAUGCGAUUAUUUGAUGGUGAAUGUGAUUGGUGGAUUUUGUUGCUCUCCUGCUGCCUGAAAGCUGAACUCUCAUUUUCGUAUUGUCUUCACAUCACCUCUCUGGAAUUAAUUCUGUAUUCUUUCUGCAUGUUUUCCUAAAUUUGAGUCAAAUCCUGAGAAACACUCGGCCGUAACACUGCCACUGAAUUAACCUUCAAAAGUUUAUACACAUGGUAUAAAAUGUAUAUGAUCAUGACUUCAGUGGGAUCCAUCAGUGGAGGGAGGGACUUUGUAAGUUGUAAGAGAUUUUUUUUUUUUAUUUGCUGCAUUAUAAUGCUUGUAUAAUUAUAUGUGAAAUAGUUUGAUCUUUUUAACAUGAAGGGAAUUUCAGAAUAAAAUUGUAAAAUCCUAGAACCAGCAGAACCAGACACGCACACUCACUGAGCACUUUAUUAGGAAAGCUGUACUAAUGCUGGGUAGGGUCUCUCUUUGCUCUCAAAACAGCUUCAGUUCUUCGUGGCAUGGAUUCCUGUCUUUGUGGCAUGAGGUUCUGCUCCAUGUUGAGAUGAUUGCAUCAUGCAAUUCCUGCAGAUUUGUCAGGUGCACUUUCAUGCUGUGAGUCUCCCGUUCCACCGCGUCCCAAAGGUGUUCUACUGGAUUCAGAGCCGGUGAUUGGGAAGGCCACUGAACUCAUCGUCAUGUUCAUGAAACCAGUUUGAGACGACUUUUGCUUUGUGACAUGGUGCAUCAUCAUGCUGGAAUGAUAAGCCAUUAGAAGAAGAUAAAUUGUGGCCAUGAAGGUCAGCUGUGGCAUUCAAGCCAUGACUGAUUGGUAUUAACGGGCCCAAAGUGUGCCAAGAAAACAUUCCCCACACCUUCACAUCACCUCCACCAGCCUGCACUGGUGACACAAGGCAGGUUUGGUCCAUGGAUUCAUGCUGUUGGUGCUGAAUUCUGACCCCAACAUCUGUGUUCCUCAGCAGAAAUCCAGAUUCUUCAGACCAGGCUAUGUUUCUCCAGUCUUCAUCUGUCCAGGGUUGGUGAGCCCGUGCCCACUGCAGCCUCAGCUUUCUGUUCCUGGCUGACAGAAGUGGAACCUGACGUGGUCUUCUGCUGUUGUAGUCCAUCCCCUUCAAGGUUCGACGUGUUGUGCAUUCUGAGAUGCUUUUCUGCUCACCGCAGUUGUGCAGAGUGAUUCUUUUCUCAUCAACAGGGCGUUUCCAUCUGCAGCUCUACGGCUCACUGGAUGUUUUUUCUUUACCAUUCUGCUUUUCUUUGCACCAUUCUGAGUAAACUCCAGAGACUGUUCUGUGUUAAAUCCCAGAUGAUGUGAAGUUAUAGAAAUACUCAAACCAAAAUCACUGAGAUCACAUUUUUCCCCACUCUGAUGCUUGAUGUGAACAUUAUCUGAAGCUGAAGAUGCAUUGCACCGCUGCUACACAAUUGGCUGAUUAGAUAAUUGCAUGAAUCAGUAGGUGUACAGGUGUUCCUAAUAAAGUGCUUGUGUGUGUGUGUGUAUAUAUAUAUAUAUAUAUAUAUAUAUAUAUAUAUAUAUAUAUAUAUAUAUAUAUAAAUAAUGGUUUUUGUUCUUUUCUUUUUUCGUUACACCGAAGACAUUUGGGUUUGACAUUAAAAGAUAUGUUUGAGAUGAAAGAUCAUAAUUUCAGCUUUAAUUUCCUAAUAUUUACAUCUAGAUAGCUUAGAACAUGGCACCUUUGGUGGCAGACCACCCAAUUUUUUAUGAAUUCCAAUCUUCUCCUUCUGAUUUGUACUGCUGAUGAGAGGUUUGCAUCUUGUGGUAAGUCCUCUUCAAAUGGUGGUUUAUGAUAGUUUCACCCCUGCUCUGUGGAGGUUGUUGGUGAUGUCACUGACCAUUGUUUAUGGGUUUUUCUUCACAGCUCUGACAAUGUUUGUCAUCAGCUGCUGUUGUUUUCCUUGGCCGACCUGUUCAGUGUCUGGUUGUUAGUACAUCAGUGGUUUCUUUUCAGGACAUUGAAAAUUGUUGUAUUGGCUAUGCCCGAUGCUUGAGCAGUGGCACUGAUCAAUUUUCUCUCUUUUCUCACUUCAGAAUCUCCCAGAGGCUCAAAAGUAAUUGGACAAUUAAAUGAUAAGCAGUUUUAUGACCAGGUGAUGACCUGACUGUAGAUGUAAAUAUCAGGAAAUGAAAGCUGAAAUUCAGAUCUAUCAUCUCAUAUUCAUCUUUUGAUCUCAAACACAAAUGUCUUCAGUAUAUCGUGUAGAGUAUAUAUCAGUGUAUAGUGAAAACAAAAGAAUUGGCGUUGCUGUUCCAGUACUUUCAGAGGAGACUGUGUAGUGUGUGUGUGUGUGUGUGUGUGUGUGUGUGUGUGUGUGUGUGUGUGUGUGUGUGUGUGUGUGCCCGCCCGCAGUACUUUGCAAAAUUCUUAAGCACCCUAUUUCUUUUAGUACAAAUUCUUAUAGAUGUUUAUUUUAUGAUCUCUGCAUUAUUGUGUCAGUACAAAAACAUUUUAUAUUUCCAAACAUUACUUUUCAAGCAAAUUAAAUGAAAAAUGUUUGUCACUAAAGAAAGCAUGAUUUCAUAACUGGCUGCUCUUCAGACAAACCUACGUAAUGAAGGCUGUUGGGAUUUAAGUGACUGUGGCAGAUUCUCCAACAUGCUCAGUAAAUCUUACUGCUAAUUUCCUUAUAAAACUGCACACAGUGGACCUGAGACUACUUUUGUUUUAUUUAAAAAAAAAAAAAAAAAAAAAAAAAAAAAGGUCACACCAAAUAUUGACUUUAGUUUUCUUUGCUUGUGCCUAAGACUUGUGUGUCUGUGUGAGUGUGCUGUGCAAAAGUCUUAGGUACAUGCAAAGAAAUGCUGUAGAGCAUUAAAUGUUUCUACAUAAAAAAAUACUAUAAAGAGCAGUAAACAGUAAUAAAUGAAACAAUACUUGGUGUGAUGAUCCUUUGCUUUAAAAAAAUAGUAUCUUGGGUGCAGUGUGUGCAGUUUUAUAAGGAAAUGAGCUGGAAGUGUUACUGAGCAUCUUGCAGAAGCAGCCACAGUUCUUCUGGAGACUUUGACUGUCGACUCGCUUCUUAUUUCUGCAGUGAAACCCAGCAGCCUUCAUUAUGUUUUUAUCUGAAAAGUGUCUCUUAUGGAAUCUGCUGCUUUCUUUACUGACAUACAAACAUUUUUCUGUAACAUUUCAUUUUGUGCUGGAAAACUAAUGUUUGGAAUCUAAAAUGGUUUUGUACUGAAUCAAUAAUGUAGAAGUCAUAAAAAAAGAAAAAAGUUUGUACUAAAAAAAAAUAGGGUGUCUAAGACUUUUGCACAGUACUGUGUGUGUGUGUGUGUGUGUGUGUGUGUGUAUAUACAUACAUGUGUUUAUAUAUACUGUGUUCAGGGAGUGGUUAACACUGCUUGCCUGUUACAGAACCUUUAAUAGCCUAUAUACAGUGACUUAUAUAUACAGUAACAUGACUCUUGGAGAGCCUGUGUUAAAAUUGGAGGACAAUAUUAGAUUAAAAUGUUGUACAUUUUAAGAUUAGAAUUUGUUUUACCAAGUGAUUUGUAUCAGCUUUAAAAGUUAAUUUUCUCCGGUUUUCUGUUCUUUGUGUUUAAACUUAUAAUGCCUUUUACCGGUGUCCGGCUCUCUGAAAGGUCUGUUAACUUUUAGUAUUGUAGAACUUUUUUUGUUUAUAUGGUCAGAAUGCCACUGUUUAUCCCUGCACAGCCAUCUUCCCUCGUUUUUACUGUUCGUCUUUUACAGAAACAUUACACUGAACCAUUAAGCCUGACGUUUUCAUCCAAAGAAAUCUUUAAUAUACUUUCUUAAUUGUGUCACUGAACGCUGACUGCACUGUUUUAAUUCUGUGCCAUUAUAAAAUGUUUAUUAUAGUGUUAACUAAAGAUUGUUAAACUUCUAACUUGCAUUACUGUUUGUUUCUUCUUGCCGUUUUAAUUGUAGACUUCUAAGGGUAUUUUUAAAGCUAGUCUAAACUUUUGGACCAAAAUAUUCUAUUUUAUAUGCAAAUAAAAAGCUGCAGUUUUGCUGAUGCAUGUCA